AUGGCCCCAGAGGAAUUCCUGCGCCGCGCAGUGCUGGAUACAAUAGUACCCUAUGCCUCCGAAAUCAAUUUGGAGGAGGCCCUGGAUUCCUCAAUCCAGGAAGCCAUUGACGAAUCUUCAUCCCUUCUACCUACAAUCCGCCAGCGUUCCCUUCUCUUCUUUGAUGAGCUCCUCCCCGUAUACAUCGUUCUACGCCUUGCGAACUGCUCAGAGCAUGCGUUGAAGACCCAGUUGCCGAGAUUGACGGUCCAGUUGGAGGCUUUUGCGGUCAAUGGAACUAUUGUUGAAGAUGGUAGCAAACGCAAUGGCUCACAACAAAUCAGGGACCUUAUAUUCUCUGGCACAGUGAGCGAGAGCGAAGAUCCUCUGGUGGUUGUCAAUGAGGUCGAGGGCGAUGAGGAUGUGGAAAACCAUGUCUUUGUUAUUUGGAAAUUGGAUACGUUUCUCAGCCGCCCUCGAGUUCGUCUCCAGCACCCAUCUGUUGUGUUUAACGCAUCUGCUAUCCUGAGCCCGAUCAAUAUAUCGUCUCAACAACAUGAAGAUGAAUACCUCCCAAGUGGCGUGCCGGGAUCUGUCAAUGUAUUCCAGUCUCUAUCGGCCAUUUCUUCCCAAGGGCGAAGCAAUCCACAUCCCUUUCUUCCUGCCUCAAGGCUUCUGCGAGUGGUCCCAGCUACGCAUGAAAAAAGAUCAACAUAUCGCGUCCAACAAGUAACAGAACGCUCCAUCCGUAUCAUACCCAUUGCCAGCGCGAGAAUCCGAUAUUCGCGGCUGAACACAUACUCCAGCAAACCAACCACAAUCGCCAGCCUCGACUUCGAAGUCACGCCCUUCACAAACUUCGACGUUAUACUAGAAAAGAUAGAUCUAACCCUCCACAACGGCCAGGUAAAAAGCCUGACAAGAGACAGUGGCUAUGCGGCCCCAGUAACCUGCCGCCCACGAGACGACAUGACAUUCAUAUAUAAACUCACACCAGACCAUGACAUGUAUGGCGCCUCAACAACCGCCGCAUCCCCCUACGCCCUAGACAUAUCCCUGGCAGCCGUAAUCCUCGUUUCCGAAACCUGCCGACCACGAAUAUCCAUGCAAUGGCGCACGAACGUCGACUUCUCCAUACCCCUAAACCCAACCUACGGCACACCCAGCCAAGCCCUCCAGCGAAAUAACGGCCCCGCCAGCCUCCCCAUGACCCCCAGCCAAAGCGGCGAAGCACCCACGCCCAGCCGCACCACUAACACCAACUCCAGCAGCGCCGCCACCGCAGCAAUGGCGAUGACGAACCGACGAUCCCCUUCGUCCUCCUCCUACCUCGCGACAGAGCUAGACGUGACGAUUUCAUUCUCAGGCCCGACGAGCGUGGAAGUCGGCAAGCCGUUCCUAUGGAACGUGUUCAUUGUCAACCGCUCACAGAAACAGAGGAAGUUUGCCAUGGUUGCGCUCCCGCGGAGAAAGCGGGUGGAUGUGCGCAGGUAUAUUGCGAGGCCGUCAUCGUCGUCUGCAUCUGGUGCUGGGGGUCGUCGGAGGGAUGAGCAGCAGAUUGCGGAGGCGGUGACAGAUGAGAAUAUUGUGUAUGCGAUGCAGAAAAGUGCUAUUCCGUAUGAAACGGAGUUGAUAUGUUUGAGCCCGGAUGUUAGAAUGGGCCCCCUUCUCCCUGGCACAUGCCACUCGACAGAGCUCAAGCUUCUUCCGCUGAUCGCAGGUGCGUUGCACGUUGAAGCUGUCAGGCUGGUGGAUUUGACUACGAAUGAGACGAUGGAUAUAAGAGACCUGCCAGAUAUUGUAGCGUUUGAUCGACAGGUUCAGUAA